AUGGCUGGGAAAACGGAGCGGGCGUCCACCUACACCGCUGGCUCUGGCGAUGCCGAUGCUCGUAAUGGCGAACAAAAGAGGAACCUCUGGACGUCGAUGCUGGAAUCGGUCGCGAGCGGCAAGCGCUUACCAGAGAAGAAUCUGUUGAUAUUGGGUGGCAGCACGGACGCGCAGAGAGAGUUUCUCGAAUCACUUUCCGCCGACGAAGAAGGCCGCAACUCGGAGCAACAGAAAACCCCCCCAAUCGCGAACAACUUUGCGCUAGGUUACACGUACUAUGAUGUGCUGGACACAGAUCAAGACGAUACCCUCGCUCGCGUGUCGCUCUACCUCCUUUCGCAGCCCUCUGGCGAGUUUGCUUCGCUAGUCUCACCGCUGCUCACUCCAGAAACGAUACCGAAUACCGCCCUAGUUAUACUGCUGGAUUGGGCGCAACCCCACCUCUGGCUCAGACAGAUCUGGAGCUGGAUCCAAGUGUUGGAGGAGGUUAUGGGCCACACAUCCCCCGAUGCGCGCAGCGAAAUGGAGGAGACAAUGUUUUCCUGGAGAGAGCGUGGCCGUGGCGGCAGCACGACGAAUCUGGAUGGUACUCCAUCCGCGACAGCGGCUGACAGUGAUGGCUCUUUGCCUUUGGGGCCUGGUGAAUGGACGGAGCCUCUGGGGUUGCCUCUAUGCGUGGUCUGCCAAAAUGUCUGUCAUUUUCGCUUCCAAUUUCCUUACACAUUGCUCACUCUCUCACAGGCCCAAAAAAUCGACUUCCUCGAGAGAAAUCAUGGCUGGAAAGAGCCCGAUUUUGACACAGUGCUUCAGUAUUUGAGGACGGUACUGCUGCGCCAUGGCGGUUCGCUUAUUUACACAAGCCAAAACAUUCCUUCUCAACUACCCGCCCUCGUCCACUCCACGCUUGGCAUCACAUCAAUCCUCAAGCGUCAACCGCUGAAACACAACGUAAUUGACAGAGACAAGAUUGUUGUACCACCAAAUUGGGAUUCCUGGGGCAAGAUUCGCGUGCUGGGCGGCAAUUUUGAUACAGAAGUAGCCUCAAAAGGCUGGUCCGAGGAUAUCAAGCUGCCGCUGGGCUCGACUCUGCAGAGUCUCGAAGCUCUCGAGGUGGCCAGAGCAGAGGCCGUCGAAACGGGCAAGUACGUGCAAGAAGACAGCGCCAUUGCGCGCUACGAGGACUGGUGCCGCGAUCCCAACAGUGGCGGCAUGGCCGUGGUCGAAAGCGCCAUGGGCAGCGCAGCCGCCGUCGGUGUGGAUAGCGAGGACACGCAAGAGUUCCUCGAGCGGCAGCUCAAGAUUCUCGACGUCGUCAAGGCCAAGGCGCCCGAAAAAGCAGGCGAUAGCAACAACAAUAGCAUCUCCACCAUUUCGCGACGCGGCGACUUUGCCGACGAGAAGACGGUCAGCGAGCACAUUGGCCCCGUGCAGUUCAACAUGGGCGGCAUCCAGGUCGACGCCGACGACAUGCUGCAACGACUCAAGGACCGUAACGCCAGCAACGCCGAGGACGACGACGAUGCCGUCGAGGAGCAACAGGCACCUGCGCCCAACAUCACCAAAGAAUACGACAAUGAGCAACUACACGACUUUUUCAGCGGCCUCAUGAACCGCACGGGUGGCACGGCCGACUCCCCGCGGUGA